AUGGACUCUGACAUUUUACAUCAUCUACAGCAAGGUCAGAGACAACAUCAACAGCUGUUGGAAGCCAUCACAAUUUCAAGUGCCAACAUUAUGUCUUUUGAUGGUAACCCAUUGAAUUUCUUUGAGUUCAUACGAUCAUUUGAUAGUGUCAUCGGAAAUUCAUCAUUGGACAAUAACGCCAAGCUGCUCAAGUUGUAUCAUCUUUGUAAUGGAGCUGCCAAAGACAUAAUCCAAUGUUGUCUCAUGAUGCAUCAAGAUGAUGGGUACUUUCAUGCCAGAACACUUCUGAUAGAUCGCUUUGGAAGUGACCAUAAGAUCAGUGACGCCUGGAUUAGGAAGGUCACGGAAGGUCCAGUUAUUCAGAGCAAUCCUAAACAUCUAAGGGAUUUUGCUGAUCAGCUAAAGACCUGUGCUGAAACUUUGAUGGCCCUUGGGAUGCUUCACGAGAUGAGCAGCAGAAGUGAGCUGGUGAAGGUCAUUGAACGUUUGCCAUUCCAUCUGAAGAGCCGGUGGUUGCGUUUCGUAAAGACCAUCAGGGAUCGUGGCAGACAGCCUAACAUCCAGCAUGCAGUUGAAAUCAUCACCGGCGCAGUUGAUGAACUGAAUGAUCCUGUAUUUGGAGCCUUACUUAUGGGUGGACCAAAGAGUCUAGGAAGUGCAAGGAGUGUAAAGGAAAGAUCUGUGUCAGACACGGAGAAGAACCAAGUAACCAUACUGAUUGGACAAGAUGUGCCUGAAGCCCUGAUGCCACUUGAAAUUAAAGCAGAUAAACCUGGUGAAGUUUAUGCUGUCAAGCAAUACUUGGAUGGACGUUAA